AUGGGGGAGAAGACCUCCGACCCUGAGGCUCCAAGUCUCUCCCACCAUGAGUCUUCUAUAUCUAUUGAGAAGCAAGAGGGAGAUGCAGCUACUGCUCGAGAGUGGGCUCGCGAUAUGGACAAAAGCACCACCACCAACACUAAACUUAAGAAUCCUCUUGCCGCGUUGAGUCGAGAACAGCUCCUGAAUGACGUCGAGGCUUUCGCGAAGGAGAAAGAUCUCGAGCAUAUCCUCGAUGAUCUACGAAAGGGUGCUCUUGUCGCGCAGGAUCCAAGAGGGUUUGAGCAGAUGAACGAGCUUACGGAGAGUGAGAAAGAACUACUUCGACGGGAAAAGACGCAUCGGUGGAGUCAGCCGUUUAUGAUGUAUUUCAUGACCAGUAAGUCUCCUCGCGAUCCUCCUGUGGGAUUUCAAUUUAACCCAGCCUGUCAGUCCUCUGUGCUGGAUCUGCUAUUGUGCAGGGAAUGGAUCAGACUGCUGUCAACGGUGCGCAGGAGUAGGUACUCUCACAUUCGCCAUCUGAGCUAUGCUAAACAGGGCAGGUUCUACUUUGCUGAAUUUAACGUCACCGACACUUGGAUGCAAGGCCUCCUCAACGGGGCUCCCUAUCUCUGCUCCGCCGUCAUCGGAUGCUGGACCACGGCGCCCCUGAAUCGCUGGUUUGGUCGCCGCGGAUGCAUCUUUAUUUCAUGCUUUAUCUCCUUUGCUGCCUCGUUUUGGAUGGCGGCCGCGCAUACCUGGUGGAAUUUGUUACUCGGCCGUUUCCUCCUCGGGUUUGCGGUGGGCGCCAAAUCCACAACCACCCCGGUGUAUGGCGCAGAGUGCUCCCCGGCCAAUAUCCGCGGCGCUCUGGUUAUGAUGUGGCAGAUGUGGACGGCAUUUGGCAUUAUGCUGGGAUAUAUUGCCUCGGUUGCGUUUAUGGAUGUGUCGCAUCCCACGAUCCCUGGCUUCAACUGGCGACUGAUGCUAGGGUCGACCGCCAUUCCUCCAUUCUUCGUCUGCAUGCAGGUCUACUUUUGUCCCGAGUCGCCUAGAUGGUACAUGAUGCGCAACCGCUACCACGAUGCGUACAAGGCGCUCUGCAAAUUCCGCCCUUCAACGUUCCAAGCCGCGAGAGACCUGUACUAUAUUCAUGCUGCUCUAAAGGUGGAGGAGAAGCUCCGCGAGGGCAAGCAUUUGUUCCGCGAGAUGUUCACCAUUCCGCGGAACCGACGUGCGGCGCAGUCGUCUUUCUUCGUCAUGUUCAUGCAGCAGGCAAGUCAACUUCUUCUCACCCCAUAG